CAUUGAAAUAAACAACUCCACAUGUAUCUCAUAUUGCCGACAAAUUACAAAUAAAUCAACAUUGUUUAAAGAAACACGCAAAUUCAUUGAGUUUUUAUAAUUAAAUUGAGAGAAAUGUCUCGAUCAAUUCUAAAGCGUUGUCUUGAGCUCGUUGAAGAUGAUUUGCCAUCGAGUUUGUCAUCAAAGCAAACCAAACCGAAUACAAAUAAAAAGCACACGAAGAGCACGAUAUUUGACUUGAUCCCGGAACAAAAACGUUUAACAAUAACAACGAAAGCUGGGAAGAAUCAAACUAAACAGAAAGUGAAUAAAAUCAAAACCACAGAGAAAUUCACAGUAAAACAGGCGAAAGACAAAAUGAAACGAAGCAAAGACCGAACCGAGGAGAAUGUGAGACGAUUGUUGGCUCUGGACAAUGACCUGAAAAUCGACGAAGAGACAAAAGAAUUGAUGUUGAGAAGGGCACGAACGGGUCACUAUGUUGUGCCUGAGAAACAACAGAAGGAAGAAGAAGAUGUGUUCACCGAAGAGGACUUUGCCAAAUUUGAACGUGAAUACUUCUUCAAAACAUAAAUUCAGCCGAAAAAUCAUGUCCAUAUAUUAUCAUAUUUUUACUGUAAUAAAAAAAAAAGUCAGGAGGGAAAAGAAAA